AUGGCGCUAUCUCCGCGUGCUGCUCCGGAGCCAAAUCUUGGCCGCCGGCGUCUCCAACAUUCAUCAUCGCAACAACAGCAGCAUGAGCCACCGGAUCAUAGAGCUCGAGCCCGCAUGCAAGACGUAUCAUUUGCCAUGGCAUCUAGCGAGCGAACACCUUCACCAUCGGUGAAACGAGGUAAAAAGGCCUGCACUGAGUGUAGGCAGCAGAAGGCAAAAUGUGACGCCUACUUGAAUCCCAGUCAGGCGUGCUCGCGUUGCUUAAAAUUGAACAUCCAAUGUGUUAUAUCGGAUCCCUUUCGCCGGGAACAUAAACGCAAGCGACUCUCCGAGCUCGAGCAAGAGACAGACGAGCUGCGACGAAGAUUAAGAUAUACACAACCUGACCCUUCUCGACCCUCGCCCAUCGCGAUGCUAACGGCCGCGGCUGAGAUGGGAGUUAACCCAGCAACUGCCGAUGGCGACUUGAUCUUCCAUGCUCAGCCGCAUACACCCCCAGUUGAAGGUUCGCAACACAUAUUACCUUCCCCUGGAAUAGGACCGUCGUUACCAGGACCAGAGAUGGUUUCUGGUGUACGUGCCCCUGAUGCAACAGAGCCCCGUUCGCUGAACAACGUUUACCUUACCGGAAGUGAGAUAGACGAGCUCUUCCAGAUAUUCUUCCAUCAAUAUGCUUCCUUCCUUCCAAUCCUUGACCCAGAAACCACACCAAACGUGUAUUAUACGCAGUCACUAUUUCUGUUUUGGUCAAUAGUCGGGAUUGCAUCCCGAACCUAUUCCAAAAACCCAACCUUGCUAAUCGCUCUUGCACGCACUGUGAACGAAAUGGCCUUCCUCUCGAUUGUAUCGGGAAGCUCAGCGUGGCACAGCAUUCAAGGGCUGCUGCUAGUUCUAACGUGGCCAUUCCCGAAAGAUGCCAAUAUGGCGGACGUGACGUUCCCAUUAAGCGGCAUGCUUCUACACAUUGCCAUGCAGAACGGUUUACAUAUCCCGAUGUCCAGUCAUGAGUUUUCUAAGAGAAAGAGACUUCCUGCCCCAUCAGAAGUAGAAAUGAUCAGACGAUCAGAGCUUUGGGCUCAUUGCGUUAUCGUUUAUCAGCGUGCGUGUGUAAUAAAAGGACAACCCCCUCGCUCAUUGAAGAAUCUAGAACCCGACGGCGAAAUGAAACAUUCGUUGUUUCAGAGGAUUUCUCCGUCGUUGGUACUUGAACUGAAGUGUGAGGAUCUAAAAACUCGCUGUAGUACAGCAGUACUGGAGCUCGGGGUUCGGGACAUAUCUCCUGAACAAGAGAGAUCGCUCGAUAUACUCUUAAGGGCGUAUGAUGACCAAGCGCUUGAUCUGGAGGCGCAGGCUUUCUCAGCGUACGAUAGGUUUGCUACGAGCAUGUGUCGUUUGAGUAUCCAAAUAUUCCAUCUCUUCCGAAAUCCCAAUUCGUUCUCAUCAGGUUGUCUUGCAGCUCUGACGACAGCCGCUUGUGACACCAUUAGUAGCAUACACAAUCUGGGACAAAGCAUGGCCGGCUUUGCUACUUCUCCCAUCCAGAUGAACUAUGCCCUGCUUCUAGCGUCCUCGGCCCUUUUACGGGUACUGAAAGGCCCACAUUGGGCUACCAUGGAUGUUGACAAGGCUAAGUCAUCUUAUUUCACUGCAAUCAACUUGGCCAAGCAAAUGUCAGUUGAAAACUUUGAUAUCGCGGCCAAGACGGUCAUGGUAUUAAGUCAACUAUGGAAUAGCACCAAAGCGUUCCGCAAGGCAGAUGGGAGUGAAUACCUCGCGCUUCGGAUUCGCAGCCGGUUGGUUGUCAGCCCUGUUAUCGAUACGGUGUGGUGGUGGCGAGAAGAGUUCGACCCCCUGUUCUAUAGCACGGCCAGUUCCCAAAGCAAUGCCCCAGAAGGAACCGAUGCAAGCCGCGAUAAUCCAGGGACUUCAGGGACCGCACCUGGAGGCUCUACGGACCGGCCAGAUUUCUCGUAUUUUGACGAGCAAUUCCAGGCGGAUUUUGAAUGGGCGUUGACGGAUGAGUUUCUCUUCGCUCCCACCGAACCGUAUGGACCGCUGUAA